AUGGCAAAAAGUGGCCUACCGACCAAAUGGGAAUCACGGGAUGUGGAUACCCGUGACCCCAAAGGCGAAACAAAAAGGAGAAUGUCGCAAGAGGAUUACCGGGAGAUGCAACAGUUACGCACACAAGGUGAAAAGAAAAGAUUAGAGGAAUGGGACAUGCAACAGUUACACACGCAAAACGAAAGGAGAAGAUUAGAAGAAUUGGUUACCGGGAAACCAGUUCAAAGGUCACAGAACCCAGUCCCAGUGUUCAACGAAGCGGAAUAUAAGAAGACACUCGCUGACAUGAAGGACCCACGGAAUUCACCGCCAGAAGACAAACCGUCAAAUUAUGGAGAAAAGGUCCCAUUACAGAAAUUACCGAGUGGCGGAUUUGUCAUGAAGCGCAACGAAAGGUCAUCGGACUUAGCGCAAAAUGAACAAAAAGGAAGGUCAUAUGAGGUGGUGCAAGCUCAACGGAAUAAUGCAGUUGAAAGGUCACCAACGAAAAGUGAAGGGAUGACUUCGCAAACAGAGUGGACGCGAAUAAAUAAUGAAGCGACUCAAAAGGUUAAUGACUGGAUGACGGGUAACGAUCGAAAGAUGGUCGUCUACGAAAGGUCACCUGAAGAAUUAAAAGAUAGUGAAGAAGAGGAAUUGACUCUCGCUGAACGAAUAACCCGAGAAGUCUUGGAGAAAUUGCGUGACAAGUCGAAAGAUAAGCGGAAAGAAAUGACACUGUACCAGACGAUAACCGAAGUGACUAAAGGUCACAGCGCUUACACUUCACCGGAUGGGCAAAAGUGCAACACUGGAAAGGUCACCAGUGCCGAGUCAAAAGUAAGGAACAAGACUCGAGAGUUUUAUGAUGUCCGGACUAAAGUGCCACACAGAAUCGAUAAACUGAGUGAGAUACUGAAAGAUCAUGGCACUUCAACGAAAGGGCAAAUAAUUCCCGAUAUGGAUCCGGGACCAGUAUCAUUAAUCCCAGUGAAAUGUACUAUCCGAAACUUGAAGAUUCAAAACGGAAGAUUGCCCAAGCGAAUUGAAGCUAACACACACGAAGUAAAAGUUGGGGACAUAAAGGUCACCGCAAUGCUGGAUACUGGAGCUGAAACGUCGCUAAUUAGUAAACCGUUUUGUGAGAAGAAUGGACUUCAUAUGCUUCCAUUGCCACCUGACAGACUUGUAAGGAUUAACGGAAUCAGUGGAACGUCGGGAUUCGUGGUCACGCAUUACUGCACAGCACCAGUGACCUUAAGGAGAAAGACUAGUGAACACUCCUUCUACGUGCGACCGAAAUGUGACGACGUACAGGUGCUACUGGGAUUCGACUUCUUAGAGAAGAAGUUCGUACUGAUCGAUAAUGAAGGUGAAGAGGAGAAAGAAGAUGACCAGAAACCAGUUGUCAAAGUUCAAGUCGGAAAGGUCACCGAACUUGUGAAAACCGAUAAAAGGCUAAUCCCAGUACCAGAGCCACAGGGAACGAAACCGAAAGAAUUGUCGGUAUUCGAACAAAUGAAGAUGAUCCAGCAGGAAAUCGAAAACACGCUGAAACGAUCAGUGCUGUCACAAAAGGGAAGAGAAAAGGUCAUCCCGGUACCAGAGGCACCGAGAAUGACAGAGGUGCAACAGAAAGGGGUAAAAGCGCAGCAAGAAGAAAUCCCGGUACCAGAGGCACCGGAGAAAGGAAAUGGAAAGGAAAGUGGUGAAAAAGUUAUCCCAGUACCAGAGGCACUGGGAACCGAAAAUGAAAGGUCACCAACACUUGAAGAAAUUGCAGCCAUACAGAAGGAGGCGGUAGUCGCAGCGAAAGAAUCGCUCGUGCCAGGCUUGGAGUGGUCAAAGCCUAUCCCAGUACCAGAGGCACCGGGAGUAAAAAGUGUCAAAGUCCGGAAAACCAAAAAGAUGGAAGUCCCAUUGGAGAUAUUGAAACGGAUAACUGAAGAAGAACAGAUGUUCGCAAGCGAAAUUCGCGGCAAAGCGAUUGAACAGCUGAAAGGUCAUCAGAAGAAAACGGCACCAGAGGUCAUCGAAAUAUCCUCAGAUGAAGAGAGUGUGAUAAUAAUUGAACGUGAGCACAGCGCCACAAAACGAAAAGAUGUAAAGGUCAAACCGCCAACGGAUAGAAUCCUAACUCCAGAAGAAAGAGCCGGGAGUUGCCAUCAUGGUUACUAUGAGGACCCGCGCAGAAUACAACCGCAAGGGGAAUGCACUAAAUGUAGCCGGGUUGCAUCCCAAGAUGACCUUUCAGAAUGGCCAAAAUGUAACGCAGCGAUAGCAGACCUUAAAGGUCAUGUCCCGAAAGAAGUGCGAAGUAUCUUACGGACAGUGAGCAUGUGUAAUCCACACAUCGAGCGAUAUCAUUGGAAUAGAUACCGGACGUGGCUAUCAUGCGUCAGGAACUUCAUAUAUGGAAGGGGAAAGUGGUUGCACUAUUGGGAAAAGUGCGCGGAUAAAGGUAUCCAGGAUCCUCACGAAGUGUUAUUGUCAAAACGGAAACUUGAAAUUGAAACCGAAGAAAUGAACGAAGAGAUCAAAUUAUGGGAAGACGCGAGAAUAGAGUUAUUCUGGGACUUCCGCAUUAAUCAUAUGUACAAAGGUCAAGGGAAAACGAUUACCUUCCGAUCAGGACUCGGCACACCAGUUUAUGAGUCAGUUGAACAAUUCUGUAAGGCACUUCACCACGACGACGCGGAUAUAUUUGAAGCGUAUUGGAAGAAGUUCGAAGAUGAAAUUCCUAAAUUUGACGUUAAAGAAAUGCGGGAGUUACAAGUGACUCGAAAAAGAAGAGAAGUGGGUUUCAUGAUAAAAAAGAAAGUGACCUUUGCACCAGACCCUGACGGAGUUGAAUACCCGGAACGCGGUGGUGAUACGUGGUGCAUGUAUGAAACGAUUCCAAGCGAUGAUUGGAUCACCGAAGAGCUGAUGGCAAAUUGCGUCUUCGUUGGUCCUAAACGACCUAAAGGUUACGAAACGGUUCAAAAAGAUAAGGCAGAUGAAGAGUCUGCAAAAGAAGCGGACAAAGAGAAACUGCCAACAGAAGCAGCUGAACAGGAAUCGAGUGCAACUGAAGAACGAUCCCCAAAUGCUUUUGAAAUGGCACAAAUGUUGACCGAUAGGGGAGCAAUGUGGAAAAAGUUCCAAGAGGAAGUGGAAAGGUUAUCGAAUGGACUACAGAUCCCAGUACCUGAGGCAAAAAACGAGGAAAGGUCACUCGAUAACGGUGAAGAAUGUCUGCCGGUUGGUCAGACCAAAAGGUCAUUAAUGAGCCUCGAAGAGAUUGAUGAAUUGGAAGGCUCAAAACAGAAUGAAGAAAGGUCAAAUUUGGAUGAAACAAAAAGGUCAUCGGCAAAAAUACGAGUGGCACGGAGUCACCCGAGAAUCGCCGCACGAUAUGGAAAGAAGACGAAGGAAACGGGCAAACCUCUGCUCAAAAACCUGAAAGCGAAAAAACUUAGCGAUUUGCAGGAAAACGAGAGUGACCUUUCAUCGGGAGAUGAAGGAGUUGAUGAACGCCCACUUGAAAGACUUGACAAAGGUCAAGUAACUGCACAAGAAGGCAGGAGCAGUGACUCUGACUCGGAAUGGACGAGUUCAAGUGAUAAUUCAACGACUUCAGAAGAUUCAGGUGUAAAUGACCUUUCCGAGCAAGAAGACUUGCUGGACUUGGACGAAGACGAUGAAGUUGAUGAAGAAAAAGAACAAGAUAUUAAAGUCAGAAGGGUCAAAAUUCAGCGAACGAGACUGGAUAAGGGUGUAAUCAGAGUUUAUAGCGACCAGCAAAUCAAGCUGAAACCGUCAAUUUGCACACGAGUAAAGAUCAAGAUGGGCAGAUAUGCACCAGCCUCAACAAAAUUGAUGUUCACACCGGUGCUGCAAGCUGAAACUGAGGUGCAACCAUUAGCAGGAGUGACGGAACACCGAGGAAAAUUCUUCGAGCUGGUCAUCGCGAAUCAUAGUAGUAAAAGGUUAACAGUAAAGAAGAAUCAGCUUCUCGGCUACGUGGUGCCUUACGAGCACAUGGAAAGUGUAAAGGUCAACACGGGGACAGUAAAGAACGUGUUGGAUGACCCCGAGGUGGAUGACAUAACGAAAGCGGAAUUGACAAAGAUUAUCGGGAACUUGAAAUUGGGACCUGACCUUACAGAGGAACAGAAGAAUGACGUGUACAACGCGUUCUGGGAAUUCUGGAAAGUCUUACCGACUUCCAAGAAACCGUACGGAGACGUGAAAGGAAUCACUCAUGUAAUUGAUACGGGAGAUGCCAGACCAGUGAAAUGUAACCCGGCCAGAACGAGUUGGACAGGCCGAGAGUUCAUAACAAAGCACAUUGAGGAGAUGUUGGCGCAAGAUGUGAUUGAACCGUCAGACGCCGACUGGAGUUUUCCAGUCGUGCUGGCAGCCAAAAAGAAUGGCGACGGAACGAUGGGAACAAGAUUCUGCGUCAACUACAUCAUGCUGAAUAAAUUAACGAAGAAGAAUAACUAUCCGUUACCGAAUCCAGAUGAGUUGCUAGAUGCAUGCGCAGGCAACAAAUAUUACGGCAAAAUGGACUUACAAAGUGGUUUCUGGCAAAUUCCAAUGGAUCCGGACUCAAUCAAUAAGACGACCUUUGUAACUCAAGACGGAAUGUUUCGGUUUAAAAGAAUGCCGUUUGGAGUUUGUAACGGACCAGCAACAUUUCAAUUGUGUAUGGAUAAAGUACUGUCGAAAGCGAAAAGAAAGGGUUGCGUUUUCGGGUACAUUGACGACGUUAUCUUCGCUGGAAAGACUUGGGAAAUCUUCAUGCAAAAUAUGAGAAACGUCCUCCAGAGUUUGGUCGAAGCGGGAUUCACGAUCAAGCCAACGAAAUGUGAAUUCGGCAUGAAAGAAAUGGGAUUCCUGGGUCACAUACUCAGCGAAGAUGGAAUUCGAAUGGACCCUGAAAAGGUCACCGCAGUCUCGGAAUUCAAACGACCUCAAACAGAAAGGCAGUUAAGGUCAUUCCUUGGACUGGCGAACUAUUACCGCAAGUUCAUAAUGGGAUAUGUGCAGAAGACGUGUCAUUUAUACGAAUUGCUGAGACAAGAUAAGCAAGUGAAAAAGGACUGGAAUAAAGUACAUGAAGACGAAUUCAACAGUCUGAAACAGUUAUUAUGUGAAGGCCCAGUAUUGGCGAAGUUUGACCCGGCAAAGCCAACUGUCAUUGAAUGCGACGCGAGUAAAGAAGGAAUCGGAGCAGUGUUGUCUCAAGAUGGACACCCGAUCGCGUACGCAAGUCGCGUCUUACAUGGAGCGGAAAGGAGUUACGGUGUAACCGAAUGGGAAUGUCUGGCAGUCGUGUUUGCUGUCAGAAAAUUCAAGCCGUUUAUUGAUUACGCGGAAUUCACCGUAAGGACGGAUCACCAGGCACUGACCAACUUGUUAAGGUCAGAAACGAAUAAAGUUGGAAUGAACCCGCGUCUGACGAGAUGGGCUAUGGCGUUACAAGGUCACCAGUUUAAAAUUGAAUACAAGCCGGGAAAGUACUGUGACAACGCAGAUGCACUUUCAAGAGCGCCAAUCGAAGGUCCAACAUGCCAGGAGGAAGAAUUCGAUGAAAUCCCUAACUUCGAAGAUUAUAAAAAGGAAUUCGAUACGAAAGAACCAGCGAUUGAAAUUGGACAGUUGUUUCUACAAAUGGUUGAACAGAGAGAAAAACGUCUAAAGGUCAGUUCGGCUACGGCGAAGGAGUCGGCUGAUAACGGCGUAAAUAUGAACCGUGUUAAAAGUUGGUUGCCUACCGAUAGUGACUUAAAGGUCACCGGACUUGGAGCGGAAUCUGAAGCUCAGAAUGGAAAGGUCACCGGACUUGGUGCAUCAGUAGAGAAACAAGAUGACCUUUGGGAAACGGACAAAGUGGUUCAAGCGUUAAAUGAAUGUCCGAUUAAGCUGUUGAGAUUCCCGAAACAGAUGAAAAAGAGGUAUAAACCUUUGCCUCGGUGUAAGGUCAUCCGAGAUUGGAAUGAACUUAGUACGGCGACAGUCCGCAUUGUGAAUCUCCAAGGUGACGAAGAAGAGGAAGAUGACUCGAAUUUGCAAUUGCGGAACAAACAGCUGAAAGAUCCCCAUCUGGCAAUGAUAAUUGAUGAACUGGAACAUUUACCAGACGCUGAAACCAGAUCGAAAUUCGAAGUUCACUACCAAUUGUGGAAUGGCAUACUUUACCGAGUAAAGGAUAAAAAUGGGAAACUUGAAAGGUCAUAUGUCGUACCGCUGUCAAUGCGAAGGGCGAUAAUUCACGCAUUGCAUGAUGAGAAGGCGGCAGGACAUCUGGGAUUUGAAAAGACAUUGUCAGCAAUCAGAUUACGAUAUUACUGGGAUCGUAUGAGUACAGAUGUGAAGAAUUAUAUACUUGCCUGCCAAGGAUGCCAGUUUCGCAAGACACCAAGAAAGUGCCCACCGGGAAAACUGCAAGAAAUAAAAGUUGGACAUCCAUUCUUCCGAGUUUACGCGGAUUUGAAAGGACCGUUGUUACCGACGAAGAAUCGGGGAUACAAAUACAUAGCGGUGUUCAUCGACCAGUUAACGAAGUACGUGAUUGCAGUACCGAUGAAAACGGCAACGGCUAAAGAGUUCGCAAAAGUGUUCGUCAAGCACGUGAUAUUGGUACACGGAGCACCUCACAUCCUACAUACGGAUCGGGGACGGCACUUUACAGCCGAAGUGUUGACAAAGGCCACCAACGUGUUCAAGAUUAAACACACGUUUGGAACUGCAUAUCACCCAGAAGGUCAAGGCCAAGUGGAACGACAGAUGCAAACGAUUGCGGACGGCCUGGCACAGUACUUGAAGGCUGGAAAUGAAAGAAAGUUUAACAAGUACCUUCCAUACGUCAUUUCGGCAAUGAAUAGAGCCGUACAUGCUACAACGGGUUAUUCAGCAUUUUACAUGUUACACGGCAGAGAAAUGACCAUGCCGGAAGAUGUGGUAACAAAAACGAACGUGCCGGAUGAUUAUGGGACUCCAGACGAAUGGGUGGAGACCAUGAAAAAGAACUUGACCUUUGCCGAAGAAGUGGCGAAAUGUAAUAUUAAAGACGCAUAUGAGAGGAAUGCAGAAAUCUACAAUAAGAAGAAAUCGGAACCGAAUUUCAAAGUGGGUGACCGUGUACUGAUCCGACUUCCGAAAGACACGAAACAAGGGAAGAAAGAAAAUCAAUCGGACUUUAAGUCGAAAUACGACAAAGUGUGGAAGAUUCUCAGUUUUCCAAGAGCAAAUGAAGCGGAGGUCAUUGAACAGAAUCCAAAGAAGGAAGCGGACUUAAAGGUCGUAUCAAUUGACCGACUGAAACCGUGGCAUCCGCCAUUACCGGUAGAAAUAGCAAAGCGCACUUCCCAAAAAGACUUGGAACUGCCUUUCCCCGAACCGGGCUCUGAGGUAGCAGAACAUGCCCCUCAAAAUGAAUCCUUUUUCGAACCACCUCUGCUACCCGAAAUGGAUGCAACCGAUACAACACAAAAUCCGAAUAAACCGAAGAAGAAAAGAGGAAGACCAAGGAAAGAAGAUAAGGAUUUUGAAACGGCAGUCACAAAAAAGUUGAACGCAGAAGCCGGAAACCUGGCAGACAAGAAUGAGGUACCAGAGCGUCCUCCAAAAAGAGACUCAGACCAGCCUCUUUUCGAACCACGCCCUGCUACCAUAGAAGAAAGUGACCUUUUGAAAGACAAAUCGAACGUCGACGUAAUAGCAGACCGUAUUUCUCAUAACUUUUUCGAACCACGCACUGGUACCGAUAAUGUCCUCACAAAAACGAGAGCAGAAGAAAUGGAAACGGUCAAAAUGAAAGCUGAUCAAUUAGGCCGCGAUAUAGCAAAGGCCAUUGAAGAACAAAAGGUCAAACAGAAGAAAAAGAGACCAACUCCCACGGAACUAUUAACUCAGAAGGGUGAAUUUGAAGACGCCGCCGAUAAAGAACUAUUUGAUCGGAUAACUAAAGGACGCAAAGACAUUAAUCCGAAAAUAAGAUUAACAGGCGUUUACGAUAUUAAGAACGGGAGUUGGGAAGGUGUAAAGGUCAUCCGCCGCAAACCAGCCAAUCGGUAUCGGUUUCGUUGGUAAUGGAAAGGUCACCAGACUCGGACAAAAUGACCUCAAGUUGAAAGGUCACUAGAAUCUGACUGCAGUUCAAAUGGAAACGUCAGAAAGGUCAAGAGAGUUUGGAAAACGCGGUAAAAGUAAAGGUCAUCAGACUCGGACUGAAUCAUACGGGAGAAUUGAAAGGUCAAUCGAAAGGUCAAGAUACUCUGACCAAAAUUCUAAUGGAAUACCGCAAAGGUCACGAGAGUCCGGAAUCAGCAGGAAGGUCGAAAGGUGCUCAAAGUCGUCAGAACGGUCACCAUAAAGGUCAUCAAGGACGAAAGGUCAUCGGAAAUUGUCGUCCAGUCGAGAGGUCAUCGGACUCUAACUAAGCACAAAAAGAAGUAAAAACGUCGACUGAAGCCUAAAAGGAAGUGAAAGGUCAAGUAAAUGGUCAAGUGACGGAAGAAGUGCGGUCACGUGCCUGAACAAUCAAAAGGUCAAGCGACAGAUGAACCAAAGGGUCAACUCGACGGACAGACUGAAAGGUCAAGAGACUUCACAUCAGAAAGAGAAUUCUGAUGAACCGAAAUCGGCUCAAUCAUCGUCAGGAUAAUUGGCAAAGUUAACAAUUGACGAAAGACAGAAAGGCCAAGAAGCAGAGCCCGCGGACUCGACAUCCCCCCAGAAACCGGAAACCAGCGGCACACAAGCGAAAGAUGUGCCAGAUUACAUGCUCGGGGCACCAUUGAGUGAUAACAACAGAACAUGGCGAGAAACCAGUAGUGCUUUCGAAGGCAAGAUGAAGGCGUGUAAGAUGGACAUAACUGAAGGGACAAUAUAUAGUAAUAUCGGCGGAACAAACGCAGUGACAUUGAAUGACCUUUUUGAACUGCAUGUCGAUCUCAAAAUGUUCAAACUGAAUAUCAGAAAGGAUGGGGAAUGGAUCAAAAAAACUGCUGAAUGUUCUAAUUUCGACGCAGCGCUUGAACUUAGCUUAAACGUCAAAACGUGAAAGGUCACCGAGUUAGAAUGAAGAUAUUGACCUUAAUGAUGAAACGUAAAAGGUCAUCACGUUAAAGUAACCAAAGGUCAUCAGAAGAGAAUACGAUGGUUGAGUAUCAAAGAUCACGUAACGUAUCAACAUAAACUGUACUUGUGUAUUGUGGCUUUCAGCGUUUAUAGCACAGAAUCCCAAGGGAUAAAGAAAUCAUGUGGAGCAUCGAUGGGGUUGAAAUUGAUUCGGUCUGUAAAGCCGGCCCCAAUGCAGAAGCUACGGCACUUAGCCGGCUCUCCCCUUUAAGCGAUUCAGUGUUAUAAAUUCGCAAGAGAAACUACGGUAACCAAGCCGGAUCUCUUGAACACGAAACGGGGCCACAAGCGGCGAAAAAGAGAAAGACAACAGGUGGAAUGUUAAUGGGGUAAACUUAAUGCGGCAGCCAGCCGGCCUCAUUAGAGUUGCUACGGUAAAAUAUGCCGGCCAUCUCUCCAAGCGAUUCAGUGUCAGAACUUAACGAGAGAAACUACGGACAUUAUACCGGAUCUCUCGAGACAAAGAUGGGCCACAAGCGGCGAACAAGAGUAAAAGAUUGAAUGUGGAAGCGUCAUGGGGUAAAUUCAAUGCGGUAACUAGCCGGCCCCAUCGGAGAUGCAACGGUAAAACCAUGCCGGCACUCUGGCCGCUCGAGGCAUACUGAAGUUGGAUGUGCGACGGAAAGGUCAUGUUGAAAGUUUAACCAGGGAGGCAAGCGAAAAAACGCUUGAAAGUCGUCAAAAAUCGGCUAAGUUCCUCCAUGACCUUUGCUGAAGUUUUGAAGAAGUUGAAUGACCUUUGGGAUCAUUACUGCCCAACAGAGUCAUAAAUAUGUAAUCGAAGUCGCAUGACCUUUUGGAACCAUUGCCCAAAUGAGUCGCACAUCCCGGAUCAUCUUUACAAUGGAUGACCUUUACCAGGGAGGAAGCGAAUCACGCUUGUCUUCAAUGACGUCCCUCCAUGACCUUUAUGGAUCUCAGUAUUAAGUCGUACGUUUGAUACGCACCAAAAUCCAAAGAUGAAGCAGUAUUCCUAAGUCGUACUUGAUACGCACCGAAUUCUCAAGCGGAUCUCAUGUGAUGGAAAGUCGCAUUAUAAAUGCGCGCUCAAGCGGAAUUGCUCAACAGAGCGGAAUGGGCCAAAGUGCGGAAUAACGGUGGACAGGACCAGUGACCUUUACGAGUCAACGGAGGAUCCUAGUCUACAUUUGAUUAAACUUCUGUUGAUCUGUUUCUGUUGAUUUGAUAGUAUUUUUAUAAAUAGAUCUCUUUAUUCACAUCGUGUUUAUGAGAAAUUGUACUUAAUGGAAUCUGAUGUGAUAAAAUGGACUAAGAGAUUCGAUGUUUUUAUUAGCAGACCAGCACACACAGCACAGUCGCGACCUUCGUCUUUUUCGUGGAUUUGGAGGAUGUUGAGCCUCAACGGAGCUCGGCCUCCCCCCAGAGGCAUGUGAGCGGGGGAUUCACUGGCGUUCAUGCCCGCAACGCUGCGCGCCGAUGACGUGUCCGUGUUGUGUUGUGUUGCGCUCUGAUUGGCUGACGGCAAUAGCCGUCCAUUGUGUUGUGUCUUGUGGGCAGGACUUAGCCCACGUGCGGAGCAGCGUUGAAAUGGCUCUCCGAUUGAUGCUCGCGCUGUAUCGCGGCAGUGUUGAUUUUUCUGUUCUGCAGACUUGUCAAUAUUAUUAAA